AUGGUUACGGCCUAUAUGGUUAUGAGUCUGGUCAACUUCCUCCUUCCUCCUUCCACCAUCACUACUAAUAAUGUAGAAAACUCCUACAAAGAAAUCAAUUCCGCCACCACCCUAACUAAUAAUAUUUACAAUAGCAAAUACCUUCCCAAGAAUUACAACCCUGUGGCUCAUGUCACUGUCCCAAAGAAUGACGACGACAACAAUAACGAUGGAGAGUACAAGAAUACUGGUAGUACUAAUAACAAAAAUAACAAUAACGGGGAGUACUACAAUGAUGACAGUACUAACAGCAAAAACUAUAAUGGGGAGUACUAUAAUGGUGGUAGUACUAACAAUAAAAAUAACAAAAUGGAAUACUACAAUGGUGGUAAUGGUAACAACAACAACAAUGAGGAGUAUUGUAAUAGUGAUAGUACUAGCAACAACAACAACGACGAUAAUGAUGAGGAGUACAAGAAUAGUGGCAAUACUAACAACGAAAACAAUGACAAAAAACAAUACUACAAUGAUGACAAUCCUAACAACAACAACAAAGAGUACCACAAUAGUGGCAUUACUAACAAAGAGUACUACAAUGGUUGUAGUACUAACAACAAUAACAAUGAGGAAUACUUCAAUGGUGGCAGUACUAACAAUAACAACAAUAACAAUGAGAAGUACUUCAAUGGUGGCAAUACUAAUAACAACAACAACUACAACUACUACAACAACGACAAAGAGGAGUAUCACAAUGGGGGUAGCACUUACUACUACUAUAACAACAACAAUAACGAGGAGGAGUACUUCAAUGGUGGCAGUACUAACAACAACAACAAUAACGAGGAGGAGUACUUCAAUGGUGGCAGUACUAACAACAAUAAUAACAACAACGAGGGGUACUUCAAUGGUUGCAGUACUAACAACAACAACAACAAUAACAACGAGGAGUAUUACAAUAGGGGUAGCACUUACUAUAACAACAACAACAAUAACAACGAGGAGUAUCACAAUGGAGGUAGCACUUACUACAAUAACAACGAGGGGUACUUCAAUGGUGGCAGUACUAACAAUAACAACGAGGAGUAUUACAAUAGGGGUAGCACUUACUAUAACAACAACAACAAUAACAACGAGGAGUAUCACAAUGGAGGUAGCAUGCACUUACUACAACAACAAUAA